AUGCCAGACUUAGAUGAUAUUUUAGAGCAUAUUGGGGAGUUUGACUUAUUCCAGAAAAGGGCAUUUUUUCUUAUUUGCUUGCUCUCAGCUGCCUUUGCCCCCAUCUAUGUGGGAGUUGUUUUUUUGGGUUUCAUACCGGAGCACCGUUGCCUGAAUCCUGGAGUUGCUGAGUUAAGCAGCAGGUGUGGUUGGAGUCUCGAAGAGGAGUUGAAUUACACAGUUCCAAAGGGAAAGACCAGUGGAGAAGUUUUAACUAGUCAGUGCCUGAGGUACAAUGUGAACUGGAAUGCAACCAACCUGAGCUGUACAGAUCCACUGGAAGGCCUUGUGAGUCACUGGGACACGAGCAAUCUCUCUCUUACCACUUGUCAAGAUGGCUGGGUUUAUGACUCUUCGGUAUCAUCCAUCGUGAGUGAGUUCAACUUGGUGUGUGAAGACUCCUGGAAGCUAGAUGUGUUCCAGGCAUGUGUCAACGCUGGGUUUUUCCUUGGCUCUGUAACCGUUGGCUAUAUAGCAGACAGGUUUGGACGUAAAACAAGUCUCUUGAUUACCACCCUGGUAAGUUCCAUUUCAGGAGUUCUUGUCGCCUUGGCACCAAACUACUUAUGGUCUGUGAUAUUUCGAUUCAUGCAAGGACUAGUCAGCAAGGGCUCCUGGACAGCAGGCUACAUCCUAAUCACAGAAAUUGUUGGCCCAGGGUACAGGAGGACCGUGGCCAUUCUCUAUCAAGCGGCAUUUGCUGUUGGUCUUCUCAUCCUUGAUGCGGUUGCUUAUGCAAUUCCCCACUGGAGAUGGCUUCAGCUUGCUAUUACCUUGCCAACCUUCCUGCUUUUGCUCUACUACUGGUGUCUCCCAGAGUCUCCCAGAUGGCUUAUCUCCCAAGGGCAGAACGGCAGAGCUAUGGAGAUUGUGGGUGAUAUUGCUAAAACAAAUGGGAAAAUGUUGCCUGCUCAGUUUGAGAGUAUUACCCUUGAAGAGGGAGAUGAAGAUGGUGAAAAACUGAGCCCUUCACUUAUUGAUCUUGUGAAGACACCACAGAUGAGAAAAUACACAUUUAUUUUGAUGUAUAACUGGUUCACAAGUGCUGUGACGUACCAGGGCCUCAUCAUGUACCUGGGAGUUUCUGAAGGCAACGUUUAUUUGGAUUUUUUCUACGCUUCUCUUGUGGAAUUUCCUGCUGCCCUCAUACUCAUAUUCACAAUUGAGCGCAUAGGUCGCCGCUAUCCCUGGGCUGCAGCAAAUUUUGUGGCAGGAAUUGCCUGCCUGGCUACAGCUUUCACUCCGAAUGAUAUGCUCUGGCUCAAGGUUACUUUAGCUUGUCUUGGCAGACUGGGGAUCACUAUGGCUUUUGAAAUGGUUUGCUUUGUCAAUACUGAAUUGUAUCCAACGUUUCUCAGAAACCUUGGUGUGAUGGUCUGUUCUUCCUUAUGUGAUUUGGGUGGAAUAAUAUCACCAUUCGUUGUUUAUAGGCUAGCAGAGAUCUGGCAUGAGCUACCUCUUGUAGUCUUUACUUUAGUUGGUUUGAUUGCUGGUGGAACCGUGCUACUUCUGCCUGAGACUAAAGGGAGAACCUUGCCUGAAACCAUCGAAGAUGUAGAAAACUUCCAUCAAUACCACACUAACCAUCUUAAUUAA